AAGCCAAUGGCCCCUGGGAAUGCCUCUGUGACUGAAUUUCUCCUUGCGGGCCUGACAGACCAGCCAGAAUUGCAGCUCCCUCUGUUCGUUCUGUUUCUGGGGUUCUUCAUGAUGACGUUGGUGGGGAACCUGGGCUUGAUCACCCUGAUUGGCUUGAACAGCAGCCUGCACACUCCUAUGUACUUCUUUCUCUUCAACCUCUCUUUAAUUGACUUCUGUUACUCCACGACCAUCACCCCCAAAAUGCUACAGAGCUUUGUCUCCAAGAAAAACAACAUUCUGUAUUCAGCGUGUCUAAUGCAGCUUUUUUUCUUCUGCUUCUUUGUCAUCUCUGAGUCCUUUGUUCUGUCAGCUAUGGCUUACGACCGCUAUGUUGCCAUCUGCAAACCCUUGGUGUAUGUCCCCACCAUGUCUCCACAGGUGUGUCUGCUGCUUUUGCUAGGGGUGUAUUUCAUGGGGUUCUCAGGAGCCCUGGCCCACACCUUAAGCAUGGCAAGUUUGACCUUCUGUGCCAACAACUUGGUCAACCAUUUCAUGUGUGACGUCCUUCCUCUUCUUGAGCUAUCCUGCAACAGCUCUUUUGUGCAUGAGCUGGUGAUUUAUGUUGUGGUGGCCAUUGCCAUUGGUGCCCCCAUAGUUGCCAUCUUUAUCUCAUAUGCACUAAUCCUCAUUAAUAUUCUCCAUAUUCCCUCCACCGAGGGCAAGUCCAAGGCCUUUAGUACAUGUAGCUCUCAUAUUAUUGUGGUUUGUCUGUUCUUUGGGUCUGGGGCAUUCAUGUAUCUCAAACCACCUUCUAUUUUGCCCCUUGACCAAGGGAAAUUGUCUUCCCUAUUCUACACUGUUGUGGUGCCCAUGUUAAAUCCAUUAAUCUAUAGUUUGAGGAAUAAGGAUGUCAAACUUGCCUUGAAGAGAACCUUGGGCAUGAAGCUCAUUUCUUGA